GGGAGCGGGUCCAGGGUGGUGCGGACCCCGCAGGCCUUGCCGCAUACGCCCAACCGGGGCGGGGCUCGACCUCCCGGACCCGCCCAUUAGGGUUGCCUAAUUCGGGGCGGAUUAGCCGCAUCUCACUUGCGGGAGUCGUCAUCCCCCAGGCUGAGGCCACCCGGGGACCAUGGAGUUCGCGGAGCUGAUUAAGACCCCACGGGUGGACAAUGUGGUGUUGCACCGGCCUUUCUACCCUGCCGUGGACGGGACCCUGUGUCUGACGGGCCACCACCUGAUCCUGUCCUCCCGGCAGGACAACACGGAGGAGCUCUGGCUCCUCCAUUCAAAUAUCGACGCCAUUGGCAAACGGUUAGUGGGCUCUCUGGGUACCAUCAUCAUAAAAUGUAAAGAUUUCCGAAUUAUUCAGUUGAAUAUUCCUGGGAUGGAGGAAUGUUUAAAUAUAGCCAGUUCCAUUGAGGCAUUGUCUACUCUGGACUCUGUCACCCUGAUGUACCCCUUCUUCUACAGACCUAUGUUCGAGGUGAUUGAAGAUGGCUGGCAUUCCUUCCUUCCUGAACAAGAGUUUGAGCUCUAUUCCUCUGCUACCAGUGAAUGGAGACUGAGUUAUGUCAAUAAGGAAUUUGCUGUCUGUCCUUCCUACCCGCCAAUUGUCAUUGUGCCCAAGUCCGUCGAUGAUGAAACUCUUCGGAAAGUGGCAUCCUUUCGACAUGGGGGCUUCCCAGUACUGAGCUAUUACCAUAAAAAGAACGGCAUGGUGAUUAUGCGAAGCCGUCAGCCUCUGACUGGCACAAAUGGGCGAAGGUGCAAGGAAGAUGAGAAGCUGAUAAAUGCCACCCUCAGGGCAGGAAAGCGUGGUUACAUCAUUGACACAAGAUCACUAAAUGUGGCCCAGCAAGCUAGAGCCAAAGGAGGGGGCUUUGAACAGGAAGCUCACUAUCCCCAGUGGAGGCGGAUUCACAAGUCCAUUGAGAGAUAUCAUGUUCUUCAGGAGAGCUUAAUCAAGCUAGUGGAAGCGUGUAAUGAACAAACUCACAACAUGGAUCGAUGGCUCGGCAAGUUGAAAACCUCCAACUGGCUGACACACAUCAAGGAGGUUCUGACCACUGCCACUGCCUGUCUGGCGGCCCAGUGCAUUGACAGGGAGGGAGCGUCGGUAUUGAUUCAUGGGACAGAAGGGACUGAUUCCACGCUGCAGGUGACUUCCCUGGCCCAGAUCAUCCUGGAACUGAGAAGCAGGACCAUCCGUGGCUUUGAGGCCCUGAUAGAGAGAGAGUGGCUGCAGGCAGGUCACCCGUUCCAACAGCGUGGGCAGUCAGCUUAUUGCAACAGCAAGCAGAAGUGGGAGGCCCCUGUGUUUCUUCUCUUCUUGGACUCUGUGUGGCAGAUCCUCCGGCAGUUCCCUUGCUCCUUUGAGUUUAACGAGCAUUUUCUCAUCAUGCUCUUUGAGCAUGCUUAUGCCUCACAGUUCGGAACAUUCCUGGGCAAUAAUGAAAGUGAAAGAUGUAAGUUGAAACUACAGCAGAAAACAAUGUCUUUGUGGUCGUGGGUCAAUCAGCCCAGCGAGCUUAGUAAAUUCACCAAUCCACUCUUUGAAGCCAACAACCUAGUCAUCUGGCCUUCUGUAGCUCCACAGAGUCUCCAUCUGUGGGAAGGAAUUUUCCUACGUUGGAGCAGAUCCUCCAAGUAUCUGGAUGAAGCAUAUGAAGAAAUGGUUAACAUCAUUGAAUAUAACAAGGAGUUACAAGCCAAGGUCAAUAUCCUGAGGAGGCAGUUGGCUGAAUUGGAAACAGAUGAUGGUCUACGAGAGAGUCCUUGAAGGAUGUCCCCAUCUGUCCUGAGGACCUAUCUAGGCCUGAGUCCGUCUCUCCCUCUGUUUGCCCUUCAGUUUACUGUACACAGUAACCUUGAACUUGGCUGUAGAUGUGGGAUCCUGUAAUGUUAUGGCUUUCUCAACACUGCAAGAUGGAGGUCUCCUAACACACACCAAUGUGGCCUGGUAGGCCUUUGCCAUGGGAGCAGGAGAUGCUGUCACAUCACUAACUGUAUGACACCUGUGCCCUAUGCUGUCCUCUAUCACCGCGUUCUGAACAGUGGUCCAGUCUAGUUAACAGUCCAUCGAAAAUGUGAGCCAGGCUUAUACGCAUUCAAAUAUAGAAGUGUUUUUUAAAACAGAAAUGGUUGAGAAGCCAGAAUUUUGUGUUUAACAUGUCCUCCUGCCCCUACUCCCCACCCCAGCUGUAAAACGACCAUUCUCCUUUAAAAACAGUUUUGGACUAACGAAGCCUAUUUUGUC